AUCCACUCGCUAUCACUUGGACCAGUCUUCAUUCGUUGUCUCUUACAAGCCUUUCAAGCUCUCACUCAACAACAAAAUCAGUCAAGAUGAAGUUCUCUCUCGCUGUUCUCGCCCUCAUCGCCUCCGUCCAGGCUCAGUCUCUCAGUGACGUCCCCGAGUGCGCCCUUCCCUGCCUCGACGAUGCCAUCGAGAGCGAGACCGACUGCAAGACCACCGACCUCGUCUGCGUCUGCAAGAACUUUGACGAUGUCCGCAGCAAGGCUACUUCUUGCGUGAUUGAGAAGUGUGGUGCCGACGUUGCCAUCAACGAGGUUCUCCCUGCUACUGAGGGUCUCUGCAAGAACCCCGGCAGCGGCAGCUCCGAGUCCGGCGCCGAGUCCUCCAAGGCAGAGACCACUGCUGCCGAGGCCACCACCGCCGCUGAGACCUCCGCUGCUCCCGAGACGACGAGCGAGGCUGCUGUCACCACCUCUGCCGCCGUCGAGACCACCUCUGCCGCCGAGGAGGAGAGCACCACCGUCCCUCCCGUCGUCUCCACCACCUCUGCCCCCGAGACCACCGGCGUGGCUCCCGUCUCUACCCCCAGCGCCUCCACCGUCGAGGUCAACGGCGCUGCUGGCCUCAAGGGUGUUGGUGCCAUCGCCAUGGUUGCCCUCGCUGCCAUUGCUCUGUAAAUUAUGAGGUAUUCAUGAAAGACCAUCUACCAGGAAUGGUUUAGAUGGGAGAUUUUAUGAUGCCAGCUAUGGUUCGUGGAAUGGUUUCAAGUACACAAUGAGAAUUCCACAUGGAAUUGGGACGUUGUAAUUAGGAAUGACAAGACAAUGGGUUAAUGGUAAUGGUCUCUAGACCAAAAAGCUAUCGUCAAUACACAAGUGAUGCAUACACCUCUA